CAAAGUUCAUCUGUGGUCAAGCUGUACAGACGAGACGCAAUCACAAUGUAACACGUCCAGUUUAUGAUUUGUAACAAAUUGCGCAUUUGGGAUAGCUACAGUUGCCAGACCCGCGCUGUUUGCAUCCUUGCUGUAAAGAUGUAUCGAAACGCGCGUUCUGCUUUCACCUUGUGCAUGGGGAUACCCUGUCGACUUCUCAGUCGGACUAUGGCUUCAUCUGACACAGUCACCCGGUUCGAUUUUCUGGUCAUAGGCGGUGGAUCUGGGGGUCUGGCUGGUGCCCGCAGAGCCGCGGAAUUGGGGGCUUCUGCCGCCGUGAUCGAAAGCCACAAACUUGGAGGUACCUGCGUCAACGUUGGCUGCGUCCCCAAGAAGGUUAUGUGGAAUGCAGCCGUACAUGCAGAGAUUGCCCAUGAUCGUGCAGACUAUGGCUACCUAGGAGGAAGCUCUCAGUUCAGCUGGCACACUCUCAAAACCAAGAGGGACGCUUACAUUGCCCGACUGAAUCAGAUCUAUCUGGGAAAUCUCAACAAGGCCAAUAUACUGUCCAUCGAGGGACAAGCGUGCUUCACAGAUGAUGCCGAGCCCACAGUAUUGGUGGCAGGGAAGAAGUACACAGCGAAGCACAUCCUCAUCGCCACUGGAGGGCGCCCCUCUGUCCUCACCGAUGAUGAAAUACCAGGUGCAAAUCUUGGCAUUACCAGCGAUGGAUUCUUUGAACUUGAGUCUCUUCCAAAACGCUGUGUCAUCGUGGGGGCCGGCUACAUCGCCGUGGAGAUGGCUGGUAUCCUCUCCACUCUGGGCUCAAAAACCUCAAUUAUCAUCCGGCAAGGCGAGGUACUAAGGAACUUUGAUUCCCUAAUAAGUUCAAACUGCACCAAAGAGCUGGAGAAGUCUGGAGUUGAACUGUGGAGGAACACGCAGGUGAAGUCGGUGAAGAAAACGCCAAACGGUCUGGAGGUCACUCUGACCACCUGUGACCCCGAGACCAAGGAGGAGACGAUCGGGACCAUUGAUGACGUCGACUGCCUACUCUGGGCCAUCGGCAGAGAGCCCAACAUAUCCGGCCUGAACCUCGGCCAAAUUGGAGUGAAGACGGACAAGAGGGGUCACAUUGUGGUGGAUGAGUUCCAGAACACCACUCGUCCAGGUGUCUAUGCCGUCGGAGAUGUGUGUGGCAAGGCCCUCCUAACUCCCGUUGCUAUUGCUGCUGGCAGAAAGCUUGCCCAUCGCCUCUUUGAGAACAAGCCCGAGUCCAGAGUGGACUACAGCAACAUCCCCACCGUGGUCUUUGCCCACCCGCCCAUUGGCACCGUGGGACUCACAGAGGAGGAGGCCACCAAAAGCUGGGGGAAGGACAAUCUGAAAAUAUACCAAACGUCCUUCACGCCCAUGUACCACGCCAUCACCAGCCGCAAGUCCCUGUGUGUCAUGAAGCUGAUCUGCGCAGGAGCGCAGGAGAGGGUGGUAGGUCUCCACAUGCAGGGUCUGGGUUGCGAUGAGAUGCUGCAGGGGUUCGCUGUGGCCAUCAAGAUGGGCGCUACCAAAGCCGACUUUGACAACACCAUAGCCAUCCACCCGACAUCCUCCGAGGAGUUUGUCACCAUGCGCUAACCUCGCCUCCCACUCUUCUCUCUGCCAAGCCCUGUGUGACGAAGGGGAGUUCAGUUGCCCCGCCUGGCUUCGAACCUUGGUCUCCGGGGUACCAAAAUAUGGCUACUUUCCUCCCCACUAGGUGGGGCAACUCUACUCCCCUUCACUACACCCUGCUUGCAUCACUAAACAGGGGUCUGUUUCUCGACAACGUUGUUGCUAUCUACGUUAGCAACUUUGUUGGUUGCAAUGCAAUUACCCAUUGGCAAACAACGAAGUUGGUAAGCGGUUAACAACAACGCUUUCGAGAAAUGGGGCGCAGACUAGGUGAAGGUGGAUAUUUAUACGUGCACUUUUUUAAUGCUACAAGGUGACCAUAAGACACCGCGGUAAACUUGAGUUUUGUGUUGUGCCUUCUGUACGAGCAGCGAGAGACAUCUAGAUGGACCAAAGGAAUGAAGUACCUGUGUAGGCCCAGGGGGUGGAGAGGAGUAUUCCAUGUUGAGUAAUCCAAUAGCAAACACAGACAACCAGAGAAGCCAACUCAGAACACAUCAUAAAUUGGUAACACUUUAGUUUAAGGUUCACAUAUUAGAGAUUUACAAAGGCAGAGAUGUCUGUAUAAAGUGACGUAUAAGACAGGUGUUAAGCAAACUAACUAAAUCAUUUGUGAGGCGUGUAUUCACAUAUACGGUAAUACAUAUGAUAUAAUGGUUAUAAAGACCUAGUAGGCCCUUAACACACGUCUUAUUAGUCUCUUAUAAAGACAGCAGAAUAGAUAGGCUUGUGUUAGUGGCUAAAACGUGAACCCUAUUCUAAAGUCUCACCAUAUAUCUUCUUGCAGUACAGUCGUAAUCCUUUAUUUUCCCAGUAAAACAAAAUCACAGAGCUCUCCCAUCACAGACCUUUUCCGCUUUCUUCAAAUGAAAAUUCUCAAGGCUAACCUACUUGACGGAAUACUGCCCCCCUGAGCAUGUUUUACCCAUUUGAAACAUGACAUACUCCAUUGUUUAUUUUUUUUAUCAGGUGGUUUGCUGAGGCGGUGAUGUGUCAAGUGGUUGCACAGAGCAAAAUGUAAAGUUUUUCCUUAUCCUGGUGUUAAUAUAUUUAACUACAGAGCUUCUCUAUUACACAUUUACAAGCAAGGCCCUGUUUCAGCUCGGUCACCAUUUCAGUGAUGUAUUGUAAAAUAUUCUUUUUAAUAAACAGCUGUGCACUGUUGAUGUCUCUUGUAUUAAAUAUUGUAAAAACUACAUACAAAAAAUAAAGCAGAAUUCAGUUUUCAAUUCA